AGUCAGCACCAUUGCCCUGUCCCCAAGCCCCAGCGUUAGUCCCUCCCCGCCGUCUUUUCCAGCACCCCCUCCCCUCCUCCCCUUCCCUUUCCCCUCCCUCUGCAGUUCGAGACUCGGAGCCGGCAGAUCUUGCAGCUCUGCUCCAAUUGAAGAAAAGGCAGAGCAAGAGCCCACUACAGAAAAGGGAGAGAAGCCAGCGCUCUCAUCCCACAAGUCACAUCCUUUCCCCAUCAGAAAGUGUGACUGUGCAAGCAACACACACACACACAAAACGGGGAGGCGAAUUACAACAAAAGCCCGAGACUUCCUCUUUCUCAGUUUCUGAGCUAUAUAUUGGGGAGUGGGUGAGAGAAGGAGCUAGAGCCGGGGGUGGGCUGCAAUGGCUCGGGAAUAUGAAAAGAGCAGCCUUGCCUGGAAAAAGCAAGCGGACGACAUUAAGAACAUUUUCGAAUUUAAAGAAGUCCUGGGGACUGGUGCCUUUUCUGAGGUAGUCAUGGCGAAGGAAAAAACCACUGGGAAAAUGUUCGCAAUUAAAUGCAUCCCAAAGAAGGCCUUAAAAGGCAAAGAAAGCAGCAUUGAAAAUGAAAUUGCUGUCCUCAGAAGAAUAAAGCAUGAAAACAUUGUGGCCCUGGAGGACAUUUACGAGAGCCCAAACCACUUAUACCUUGUGAUGCAGCUGGUAUCUGGAGGGGAGCUGUUUGACAGGAUUGUGGAGAAGGGAUUUUACACAGAGAAAGACGCUAGUACUCUGAUACGCCAAGUUCUUGAUGCUGUGCAAUAUCUGCAUAAAAUGUGCAUUGUUCAUCGAGACUUGAAGCCAGAAAACCUCUUGUACUUCAGCCCUGACGAAGAAUCCAAAAUUAUGAUCAGUGAUUUUGGUUUGUCCAAAAUGGAAGGCACAGGAGACGUUAUGUCUACAGCGUGCGGUACCCCAGGCUACGUGGCUCCAGAAGUGCUGGCCCAGAAACCCUACAGCAAAGCUGUGGACUGCUGGUCCAUCGGAGUCAUUUCUUACAUCCUGUUAUGUGGAUAUCCUCCAUUCUAUGAUGAAAAUGACUCCAGACUGUUUGAACAGAUAUUAAAGGCGGAGUAUGAAUUUGACUGCCCAUAUUGGGAUGACAUUUCAGAAUCUGCUAAAGAUUUCAUAAAACGAUUGAUGGAGAAGGACCCAAACAAACGAUAUACAUGCGAGCAGGCGUUAAGACAUCCGUGGAUUGCUGGAGACACAGCGUUGAACAAGAACAUUCACGAGUCCGUCAGUGCACAAAUCCGAAAGAACUUUGCUAAAAGCAAGUGGAGGCAAGCGUUUAAUGCCACAGCUGUUAUAAGACACAUGAGAAGGCUGCACCUGGGCAGCAGUCAGGAUGGAUCGAAUCUGAAUACACAAACCAACCGCACGCCCAGCAAUCCACUGCCAGAUGUCACAUCUCGUAAAGAGUGUGUGUCUGCAUCCACUGCCUGCAGUAUAGUGUCAUCUGUGUCUUCUCCUUCUGGGAUAUCUCCAUUAGGAUCAGAGGGGAGAGCAAGAUCGACUUCAGUAACCACAGUGCACACUGGGAGCAAAUGACAAGCUCCUUCAACAGAUUCAAAAGUGGGAAACAACAUCACUGUGAUGCAGCCCAGAAUUCAAAUGAUUUCACCCUGUCAUGUGCACUGAAGCCUAGAGGGAUCCCAGGAAAGAUUUUUAAAGGCCAUAUUUUAUACUGUAACUCUUAUACAAUACAUGUAUCAUAAACAUUGAGCCAUGUGCUGAUGGAUUUAACAGUAUCUGGUGCUGUGCAUAUGAGUCUAGCAAUGCUUUGUUUCACUUUGUAUAAAUUCAGCAGUUGAAAAAGAAUCAUUUUCCCAGUAAUUGUGCAAAAUGUUCCUCCAAAGUAGCAUCAUUUCUCCAGGAUGUAUGUUUUCUGAGGAAUGAGACAUUGACUGGACUGCACAACUCAUUGCUUAUUUAUUGUACCAUUGCCGACUGCUUUAUUUUACAUGGAGCUGCUUCCUUUUACAGAAAGUGCAGAGCCCCUUAUACUGUACCAGUGCGAUAGACAGCAUGGAGCUGACAGAACCGAUAACAGAAAUGCUGUGAUAUUAACCUAUCGGGGUUUAAAAUGUUGUAUACUAAAACAUUUUUGUCCUAAAACGGACAAGGACUUUUAACUAUUUCAGGGCUAGAAUCAAACGCCAUGCUUGCUACUUCCAGCUUUGGUGAAUGUCUCUAGUUGUACAUAAAGGAAGUCAUCUUUAGUUGAGUUUGUAGAUUAUCUGCUGACACAGCAUUGUUAUAUCGCAUCUUUUUAAUCAUGUCUUUCUGUUUCCAGUUAAAGUUUUUGUAGCAACCUUCGGUACAAUUUGGUUUGUCUGAGACAGACGAAUCCUAAUCAAAUUAGAUAGAUAGAUAGACAUAUUGAAAAGUAUGGUACCACAAGGCUUACUUACACCUUUCUUGUUAAAAAUUUCUUGCAGACAGAAAGGUAAUAGAAACUAGCUAAACAACAUUAACACCUCAUUAAAAAAUAAAUAGACAAAUGUUUAAAGCAUCCCCAAGGAAAGCAUUGACCUGUUAAAUCUUAAUCUGUUUAAAUUAUUUCAGUAUUUUAAUAAUACUUUUCAAUUCCAGGACAUUCCCUGAACCAUGUGGCAAGAUUCUUUGGCAUAGGGUUUCAUUUUUAUACUUCUGGUGGGUCUGGAACGUUUUAAAAGCUGUUGUAGCUUUCUUUUUGGCUGACACAGAACGUGGUUAUUAAAUGAUAUCAGAGACGUAAAGAUGUACAUAUUUCUGCGAGUAGUUUAUCUUAAGGGGACAUGGAGAAAUCUUUGAUAAUUUUGCUUCAACAAGAAAAAAAAGUACUCAACAACAUAGCCUCAAAAUUAGUCCUGGUGAACGCAUAAAAAGUCAGACGUGUUUAUAUAACAUUCUUCUGUCUACUACUGAAAUCAAAAUGUUAUCAUCAUAGUCCUGCUCUUAUUAGAGAGAGAGAGAACUGGUGACGGUUAAACUUGAGGGGCACCAUGCCUCAGGUGAGGGGAAAGGCUCAGAUGGCGUGUCUUUCAUGGUAACUUCAGCUGGCGCAGCAAUUGAACACACCCUGUUGAUGCUAUUGUACAUUGCAUAUCAGCCACCUAAGCGAAUCAACUUCCUAUUCAAGCUGAUAAAGUACUCUCUAACAUUUCAAUAUUAGACCAUCAUUCAUCAAUAUUUAUCAGCAUUUUCAGGAUGGCCUGACAGAAGAUUGAGUAUUGCUGCUGCAGUGGUCGCAGAUUUCUCGCUCGUGGGAUGUGGGCAUCGCUGGCUGGGCCAGAGUUCAUUACUCUAGUUGCCCCUUGAGAAGGUGGGAGUGAGCUGCCAACUUGAACCCCUGCAGUCCUUGUGCCGUGGUUUGACCCACAAUACCCUUAGGGUAGGGAAUUCCAGGAUUUUGACCCGGCAACUCUGAAGGAACGGCAAUAUAUUUCCAAGUCAGGAUGGUGAGUGGAUUGGAAGGGAACUCGCAGGUGGUGGUGUUCCCAUGUAUCUGCUGCCCUUGUCCUUCUAGAUGGAAGUGAUCAUGGGUUUGGAAGGUGCUGCCUGAGGAUCUUUGGUGAAUUCCUGCAGUGCAUCUUGUAGAUAGUACACACUGCUGCUACUGAGCGUCGGUGGUGGGGGGAGUGGAUGUUUGUGGAUGUGGUGCCAAUCUUGCAGCUGCUUUACCCUGGAUGGUGUCGAGCUUCUUGAGUGUUGUUGGGGCUGCACCCAUCCAGGCAAAUGGAGAGUGUUCCAUCACACUCCUGACUUGUGCCUUUUAGAUGGUUGACAGGCUUUGAGGAGUCAGGAGGUGAGUUACUCACCACAGUAUUCCUAGUCUCUGACCUGCUCUCGCAGCCACUGUGUUUGUGUGGUGAAUCCAGUUGAGUUUCUAGUUAAUGGUAACCCCCAGGAUGUUGACAGUGCGGGAUUCUGUGAUGGUAACACCAUUGAAUGUCAAGGGGCAGUGAUUAGAUUGUCUCUUAUUAGAGAUGGUCACUGUCUAGUAUUUGUGUGGUGCUCCAGAACUUUAACCUGCUAUAUCCAGAAACGUUUGGGAAUCGUAGCACAAUGGCUAGGUAAUUCAGAUUGUUGACCUUAAGACAAGAAUUCAAACCCACCAUGAAAUUUCAGUUGAAUUCAGUAAAUAAAUUUGGAACAGCCAACUAGAAUCAGUGACAGUAGGAACUGCAGAUGCUGGAGAAUCUGCGAUAACAAGGUGUAGAGCUGGAUGAACAC